AUGGCGGGGCCAGCGAUAUCGGGGGCUUUGCGCGGUUGGACGGGAAGUCGACUGAUGAUGCAGCGGAGAUGCAUUGCUACGUCUGAUCUGAGUUAUGUGGAGGGACCGAAAGAACCGCCGUUGCUCACAUGCACGAUACCAGAGCAUUUCGCAGAGAUCGUCUCGCAAUAUGGCGACCAGCCAGCUGCCGUAUUCCGGUCUCCAACAACAGCUGACAUGAGUCCGACAUUAACUUCAUCCAGGCCGGAGACUACGACUUUAACGUAUGAGGAUCUUGAUGCUCAGUCGAAUAUCCUCGCGCAUUCGUUACGGUCCCUCGGCGUGAAGAAGGGGGACCGCGUCGCCGUGAGCUUGGGGAACGUCGCCGAACAUGCCGUGUUAACAUAUGCCGUCGUUAAACUAGGGGCCAUUCUAGUCCCGCUCAAUCCGACCUUCAACGCCCACCAGCUCAGUGCCGCACUAUCCCGCCUUAGUGUCGAGGUCCUCGUUAUAGCAGCCGUUACGGACCUUGCUUAUAAGCCGUGCCGCGGCCGUAGUAACUACGAUCUCUUGUCUGCCCUUGUACCCGAUCUGUCUAGUAGUAAAGUUGAAUCAUCGACCGUCCCUGCGCUCAAGUCUGUGGUGCUUGUAGAUAAUACGCCCUCUCAUCCCCUCGCCGGCUUUCCUCCCAUACAAGACCUCCGUGCACUAACCCCUUAUUCCUCACUCCGCUUAUCUUCCCCUUCCACGUCUUCUCUCUCCCGUUCGAUAAUACCAGAUGCUCCGCUCGUCCCAGCGGAAACGAUUAAUAUACAAUUCACGUCAGGCACGACAUCCAUGCCAAAAGCCGCGAUGCUAAAUCACACCAACAUCCUGAACAACGGCCGGCUAAUCGCAGCGCGCAUGGGGCUUGAUCCCAGUGACAGGAUAGUGUGUCCGCCGCCGCUAUUCCACUGCUUCGGAUCCGUACUAGGAUUCAUGGCAACCGCAACGACGGGAGCUUGUAUCGCGUUCCCGAGCCCAGCGUUCGACCCUGCAGCCUCCCUGCAUACCGCCGCGGAGCUACGCGCUACGGGGCUCUACGGCGUACCCACCAUGUUCGCUGCCGAACUCGAGCUCCUCGCUAACCCAGCUUUCGCCGCACGUUUGCCACCAGGCGGCCUUAGUAACUUGCGCAAGGGCAUCGCGGCGGGCAGUUCGGUUCCGGAACCGCUAAUGCGCAAGUUACGAGAGAAGUUGGGGCUGAGAGAUCUGGUCAUCUGCUACGGCAUGACGGAGACCAGCCCCGUAAGCUGCAUGACAGCGCCCACGGACCCGGACGAUCGACGCACGAGUACCGUGGGCCGCGCAAUGCCCCAUACGGCCCUUAAGAUCGUUGCGCCGGGCGACCGGUCGCGAAUCGUGCCGCGCGGUACAUGCGGCGAGCUAGCUGUAUCCGGAUACCUACUCAUGAAGGGGUACUGGAACGACGAGGCGCGGACGGGCGAAGACCUGGUUCGGGACCAGGAUGGUAGGCUGUGGAUGUAUACGGGCGACGAGGCGCGCAUGGAUCGCGACGGGUUCGUCGAAAUUACGGGCCGCAUAAAGGAUCUGAUAAUCAGAGGUGGCGAAAACAUACACCCGCUCGAAAUCGAAAUUGCGCUAGCGAGACACCCGCGCGUGCGCGAGGCCAGCGUCGUGGGGGUACACGACGAGCGGUACGGCGAGGUCGUCGGCGCGUUCGUAGCGGUGCACUCAGGUGUCCAGACGCUAGAAGACGGCGAGGUAGAUGUGGGUAGGGGCAAAGCGGAAGCGUUGUCUAAGGACGAGGUGAGAGGUUGGGUCCGGGAACAGCUUUCGGGUCAUUUGGUGCCGAAGUACGUCUUUUGGACCGACGAGUUCCCCAAGACGGCCAGUGGGAAGAUACAGAAGUUUAAGUUGAGGGAUGUUGCGAAGGAAUUACUUGGAACGGCGACGAAGUAG